UGAAGCCCCCGUGCUCUCCACCAGGAUCUCCUCCUCCGAAGCGGUCACCAGCGUGUGGAGCCUGCCCCACACCCAUCACCUGCCAAACCACGGCCUUUACCUGUGUCUUCCGGUGUUUCCCGUGCGACCCGUCCUGCGGCAGUGCCUCCUGGGCCACCCCGGAGUUCACGCAGCGCUCAGUGGCUCCAAUGGUGAAGAUGACAAGGUCCAAGACUUUCCAGGCAUAUCUGCCUUCGUGCCACAGGACCUACAGCUGCAUUCAUUGCAGGGCUCACCUCGCCAACCACGAUGAACUCAUUUCCAAGUCCUUUCAAGGCAGCCAAGGACGAGCGUACCUCUUCAAUUCAGUAGUUAAUGUGGGCUGUGGCCCUGCAGAAGAGCGGGUGUUAUUAACAGGAUUACAUGCAGUUGCAGACAUUUACUGUGAAAACUGCAAAACCACACUGGGUUGGAAAUAUGAACAUGCUUUUGAAAGCAGCCAGAAGUAUAAAGAAGGCAAAUACAUCAUUGAACUAGCUCACAUGAUCAAGGAUAACGGCUGGGAUUGAAUGGGAAGAGCCCAGCCCUUCCAGCGUGUAAGAGAAUGCCAUCCAACCGAACAUUAUAUCCAAGAGUGAGAGAGUGACUGAACGCUUGGUUCCAUGCAUUUAGAGGCUCUGCAGUUUGGGAGCAUCUUCACACCCUUCUCCAUCUUUAUUGGUGACUGGCCUCUAAAUUUCUGUCUCUCUGUCUCUUUGCUUUGUAUCUGUUUGUGAGUUGACCCUGGCUGCUUCUCUCUCUGUUCUGGCGUUGGCUAAGAGAAUGCACCGAACGCCCGACAGCCAUUCCAUGUUGACGAGCGCUUAAGUACCAACCCGAGCUGGCUCUGUGGUGGCAUUUGAUGAGAGGUCUCGGUGCGAGAGGAAGACCUGAGGUUUGGGCAGGAGAAGGUGAAAGGGGGUGGGGAGGGGACCACAAGGGAAGUCAUCAGAAGUGAAACCGUGCUUCUCCUUUAAGUCCUGGUUAACCAAGGCUUGAAACUAUUUGCUUGUCUAAAUGGACAGAAAUAUACCUCACGGCUGCGUUCUCUCCAAAUCUGAAAUCCGCGGCUCCAGAAGUGGGGCUUCCGUCGGAGCGCGAGUCCCGGGAGCGCCGCGGUGGCUCCCUGCGAGUCGCUGUUCUGUUUGCCGUGGACUAACCUCGGCGGGGGAGACCUGAUGGCUGGAGAGAUCCCUCACCUCUCAUUUUUCUCUCUGUUUUGGAGGAGGUUGGCCAACCCCCCCACCAGAGCACAGCUGUGGGAGCAUCCACAGCUGGAGAAACCAAAUCCUGACUCUUGAGCCCAUGAGAGAGGAGGGGAAAAACCCUUAAGGCAGAAGGGGCUGGAACUGCAACUUAGAAGAUAGGGCAG